UUUUGGGGUUGCCAGGGAGCGGCUGAAGGCUGACUUCCGCUUCCGGCGACUGUGGCACGAGGAGCUGGUGUGGCUACGGCGGGAAGAUGCGGCCUUUGACUGAGGAGGAGACUCGUGUCAUGUUUGAGAAGAUAGCGAAAUACAUCGGGGAGAAUCUCCAACUGCUGGUCGACAGGCCUGACGGCACCUACUGUUUCAGGCUGCACAACGACCGGGUGUACUACGUGAGUGAAAAGAUCUUGAAGUUGGCCGCCAACAUCUCCGGUGACAAGCUGGUGUCUCUGGGGACCUGCUUCGGAAAAUUCACGAAGACCCACAAAUUCCGGUUGCACGUCACAGCUCUGGAUUACCUUGCACCCUAUGCCAAGUACAAAGUGUGGAUAAAGCCUGGAGCAGAGCAGUCCUUCCUGUAUGGGAACCAUGUGUUAAAAUCUGGACUGGGUCGAAUCACUGAAAAUACUUCUCAAUACCAGGGAGUGGUGGUGUACUCCAUGGCAGAUAUCCCUUUGGGUUUUGGGGUGGCAGCAAAGUCUACACAAGACUGCAGGAAAGUAGACCCCAUGGCGAUUGUGGUAUUUCAUCAAGCAGACAUUGGGGAGUAUGUGCGACAUGAAGAGACAUUGACUUAAAACGAAAUCAUCGCGAGGACUUAUGGCUGUGUGGAAGGGCCUAGCUUUGUUUCCUGUGUCUGUGUAGGUUCCACCAUCAUGUUGAAUUUUGUCAACACUGACCUCUCCAGGGACUUGUUAGUUUUAUAUUCUAUCACAGACAAACGCAGGCUGGAUUCUAACUAAGCGGAGAUGGUUCAAAAGUGGAGUUUCGGAUUUUUGUGUUUGUUACUAAAUAGAACGUUGUGUUUUAUAUUUUAAUCAGAGGGCUUCUUGUUUUCAGUAAAAGGUUCUGAAUCAUUGGAAUUGAGGACAAGAAUAGCUUUUUAUUGUUAUCUGUGAUAACACUGUUUUCCAAACUCAUGAUAACAUAAGUUUUCUUAUUUAUUUAUUAAUAUAAUGAAAGAUACAUAUUGCUGUAUCCAAAUAAUAGGCCAUGCAUGGGAUUUUACACGUGAAAUUUGGAUAAAAUACUAAGCAAUUUAUUCUGAUGAUUUUCUUUAUGGUAGGUUCUGCGCGGUGUGGAAGAAAACUUGGAUUUAAAACCUAGUUCUAACACCUACUGGCUAUAUGAUGCUUUAUCUGAGUCAUUAAACUUUCAUGAGCUUCAUUUUCUUCUGUUUCAAAAAACAGCUUUGGCCAUCUACCUAAGAAUGGUUUUUAGAAUUAGAAAUCAUGAUUGCAAAGUACCUAGCACAGUGCCUGGCAAAUGAUAGGUAUUAAAUAAAUGCUGAGAAUUAUUUUUAUGUUGUAUAUACUGAGUGUUGCUGCUACUAAGAGUAGGAUCUAAUGGGUAUAAUUCGAUUAUAUUAUUUUGGUUUUUCCAAGCUGUUUUCUUAGUCUUUCUUUUUUGUGGAUGGUGUGAUCUCAGGUUGAAUUUUAUUUCCAUCAACUUGGUUUCCUCAAACAUUUUCCUUACGAGCCUUUACUCAGCUUACUGCACUGGACAAAAAGCACUAACUGGAGACGCUGAAAUAAUUUACCUCCUCUGUUCUUCCCUUCACUUCAUGAAAUCAUUUUUAGAAUUAUUAAAAUAUUUUUUAAAUGAAAAACAUUUGCAAAUAUUUUUAAAACUACCUGUAUUGUAAAACUUUCUCUAAUGAAUAUACUGCUUAUUUUAAAUUCCAAAGGCCACAUCUCUAAAAAUAAAGCAUUUUGCAUUCUAUCAACUUCUGUUUUUGUAUGCACAUACAAAACCCAUAUAAAAACUGGGUUUUGUAUGUUUUUGUCCCAUUUUUUUCAAGUAUUCUCCCUUCCAGGGUUCUCUGUUAACCUCUAUGUAGACUUAGUGAAGUUUAAGGGAUCA